GAGGCCAACCGGGUGCUGGAGGAGCACCUGCAGCCCCUCCACCAGCAGCUCCAGCAGACCCAUGGGCACUUGCAGACCGCAAGGGCCGCAGUGGCUCAGGAGCAUGCGGAGGAGCCCAGGGACAGAGCGGUGGCAGAGCUGCCUGGCAAGAUGCCCCUGUCCCCACAGAUGAGUCCAGAGUCCCACUCGGAGAUGCGGAUCAGUCUGGGGUCCCAGAGCACCGAGCCCAAAGCCAAGAGCACCCACAAAGUGGUUUGGGAAAUGCUGCCAGCAGAAACAAGCAUCUGGGGAGCUGUGCCGAGAGUGAGCUCAGUGGAAGAGGACCCCUUCCCAGAAUUUCUGAAAGAGGAACACUUUUCUGACCAAAGCUCUUUGCUAAGCGAGAUGAAUGAUGCAAUAGCGGCGCUGAGCCAACAGCCGAAGCCACAGGCACUGAGUGCACCCCCCACGCCGGCAGAUGCUGCCCGUUACCCCCAGGACGAUGCUGAGCCCCAAACAGGGCCAGAGGCAGCCACAGCCCAUGGCACAACCCCCGGGGUCCUGCGGGAGACCCUCCCUGGCCACGUCGGUCAUGAGCUGUUUGAAGGAGACCUGAAAGAAGGACCAGCCACAGCUGAGGCUCAGGCACUGGAACUGGUGGAGGCAGAUGAGUUCUGGCGGCUAGGUGCUUCGGGACAGGCAGCCCAAAGCCAGCUUCAGGAGCAGGUCUCAGCACAGGCAGAUCAGGUGAGGCUUAACGCUGCUUCCCAGCAGCUGGAGGAGAAGCCACCGCACAUGAUGGAAACGGAGCAGGUAGCUGCCGGACCUGCCACGCCUCCAAAACAAGAGGUGCCACCAGCGUCAACCCUUUACACACGGAUCCAACCAGAGGAAGAUGCUGGGAAUGAUCAGUCAGGGAUGGUCCUUGGAUACAGCUUACUGGGGGAUGCAGCCAGCCGAUGUCUGCAGCCUCAAAGGCAGCUCUUGGGAGAACAGAGUGAACACCUCGAUGUUGAUCAACAGAAGAAGCAGCAAGAGGUUGGGCAGAAAACAAGCCAGGAAGGCAAGUCCAGCCCUGGAGAGCCAGAGGCCAUGACUGCAGAUGGGGCAGGAGCUGCCCCAAGGGGUUCUCCUGAAGCCUCCGUGGACCCAGACCACCUCUACAACGUGCUGUUUGUCGGGGACUCCCACGUGGGCAAAACAUCAUUCCUGUACCGGUUGCACGCCGACACCUUCAAUCCGCACCUCACCGCCACAGUAGGACUGGAUUAUCAGGUCAAAAACCUCAUUGUGGACAACAAGCGUUUCGCUCUCCGCCUGUGGGACUCCGCUGGUCAAGAAAGGUACCACAGCAUCACCAAGCAGUUUUUCCGGAAGGCAGACGGGGUCGUGCUGAUGUACGAUAUCACGUCCGAGUAUUCCUUCUCGGACGUGCGGUACUGGCUGAGCUGCAUCCAGGAAGGAGCAGAAGACGGAGUCGCUAUUCUGCUUCUCGGGAACAAAACCGACUGUGCUGCAGGGAGACAGGUCCCUACGACGGAGGGGGAACGCUUGGCCAAGGAGCAUAAGCUCAUGUUUUACGAAUGCAGCGCUGCCUCGGGCCACAACGUCUCCGAGUCCAUGGUCAGCUUAAUCAGGUUGCUCAAAGUUCGUGAAGGUGAAUUGAAAACUAAGGCACAAGAGGUGCCAAAGCCACCUCAGAAGAAAAAGGGCUGCUGCUGGUGAUGGACAGACCCCUCUGUCGUGAUCCGAAACUGCAGCGACAGCCAGAAAAGCAUAAAAAUAGCCCUCAGGCACCACCUCUGCUCCCUGCGUGUCUGCCUUGCCUGAUCUCCCUCGGAUGCUGAGAGCAAAAGCCGCUGCGGAGGAGCCGGCUGUCACCCGUCCCCUUCCCCGCUCAUCUCCUGCCAUUAGCCCAGAGCACACGAGCCCUCCAAAAUACUUGUGGGGAAACUUUACCGCUUUCUUUUGGAGACAAAGGCUAAGGAAAGAGGCAGAAAAAGAAUCCAGUUGGAUCCGAGAUGCUGGAAUGAUACUGGAAGCAGCAGGGAGCAAAAUAGAGUCUUGGGAUAAAAGAAAGGAAUACCAGGAGUCACCCAAAGGCCAGUGUAAAAAAGAAGGGGUUCAGGGCUGUUGGUGCUGCUGCACAGCGGUGACUUUUGCUCCGGCUUUGCACUCUGAUUGGAUUUGAUCUGGAACAGAGAAAUAUGCAGUAUAUCCUGAAUGCACUUUGUAAGUCUCUCCAGUCGUGCCAGUGAGCAGUAAUGGGGUCUUGACAGGAAACUACCAAAAACUUUGCUCAUAAUAAAUUCCAAAGGCCCCAAGAGCACAUCCAGGGUAAUAGAAAAAUUAUAGAAUCAUAGAAUGUUUUGGGUUGGAAGGGACCUGUAGAGGUCACCCAGUCCAACCCCCC